AUGUCCUAUCCUCAGGGUUACCUCUACCAGCCCCCCGGCUCGCUGGCUCUGUACUCCUGCCCGACGUACGGGGCGUCGGCUCUGGCGGCCCCCAGGAGCGAAGAGCUGGCCAGGUCUUCGUCGGGCUCGGCGUUCAGCCCUUACCCGGGAUCGGCAGCUUUCACAGCACAGGCGGCGGCCACAGGCUUCACCAGCCCGCUCCAGUACUCCACAGACCCCGCCACAGGAUUCCCCUCCUACAUGGGCUCUCCUUACGAUGCUCAUACGACGGGGAUGACCGGGGCCAUCAGUUACCAUCCGUAUGGCAGUCCUGCUUACCCUUACCAGCUGAAUGAUCCCGCUUACAGGAAAAACGCCACCCGAGAUGCCACAGCCACCCUGAAGGCCUGGCUGAAUGAGCACAGGAAGAACCCCUACCCCACCAAGGGCGAGAAGAUCAUGCUGGCCAUCAUCACCAAGAUGACCCUCACCCAGGUCUCCACCUGGUUCGCCAACGCCAGGAGGAGGCUCAAGAAGGAGAAUAAGAUGACUUGGGCUCCCCGGAACAAAAGCGAAGAUGAAGAUGAAGACGAAGGGGAUGGGGCAAGAAGUAAGGAGGAAAGUUCGGACAAGGUGCAGGAAAGCAAUGAAACUUCAGCAGAGGACGAAGGGAUCAGCUUGCAGGUUGACUCGCUCACCGAUCACUCCUGCUCCGCGGAGUCGGAUGGGGAGAAGUUGCCCUGCCGAGUAGGGGACACGCUCUGCGAGUCCGGAUCAGACUGCAAGGACAAAUACGAGGACAUCGAGGACGACGAGGAGGAAGAUGAUGAAGCAGAGAGAGACCAUCCCGCUAAGCCUGCGACUUCCUCCCCCCUCACCGGAGUGGAAGCCCCCCUCCUUAAUCACCCCCACGAGGACGCUUCAAGGAACUCCAAUAAAACUACUUUGGACAACAGGAUUUCCCCCAGUUCCGAGACACAGGCCAUUAAGCCCAAGCUCUGGUCUCUAGCUGAAAUAGCCACCUCGGACCUUAAAAAUCAGAACAUGGGCCAAAGCUGUCAGCCACCGGCUUUAUCUUCAGUAACCCCCUCUUCUACUUCGCACAGCUCUGCCUACUCGCCCUCUUCUCUCUUAGGAAGGCACAUUUAUUACACUUCACCUUUUUAUACCAAUUAUACAAACUAUGGGAACUUUAACGCACUCCAGAGCCAGGGGAUCCUGAGAUAUAACUCCGCAGCAAUGGCUUCGAACGAGGGACUAAGUCAAACUGUACUAAAUACAAGCUCUGUUCACAAACAGAGCAGUGACUCUUUGAAAACGAUCACUAACCAGCUAGAACAACACUACAGGCCCUCUAGUUAUGAGUCUAAGAAAGAUCCCACUGACGUCUGCACAGUAGGAGUACAACCAUACCUAUAGAAGUGCAAUCACACAGCAAUGCAAGUAGGUGUCACAAUUGCUUUGAAAAAAGUCAGCAAGCCAUCAUCUCUCCCCGAGCUAAUAUAUAGAACAAAUCUCUAAAUCCGGA